AUGAUUCUAUCUCGCCUACUUGCAGCUUUUGCUGCCCUUAUCACAUCUACCUCAGCUUCAUGUCUAUACGGAACCAGCUUGGAGCCUCGCUCCCUCAGCGCUGAUGGACAUGUCCCCGUGUCCACGUUCAACUAUACCGGCGAAGGUGGCCCCCUUGGUUGGGUCGGUCUCAACCCUGCCGCCAACAAAGAAUGCGGCCACGGUCUCACACAGUCACCCAUUGUCAUUAACUCCAAGACCGUCCCCAGAGCAGCCAAAGGCUCUGUCACCAUGACCAUUCCAUCAGUCGACAUGGCGGAUUUUGAAAACCUAGGUUCCACCGUGGAGGUGGUUGUAGGGGGAAAGCUCAAUGCCGAAGGCAAAGACUAUGAGCUAAAGCAAUUCCACUUCCAUACCCCGAGCGAGCAUCGUGUUGAUGAGGAAUACUUCCCCAUGGAAAUUCACUUCGUGUUCCAGAGUCCUUCUACCAAAUCGAUCGCCGUCGUUGCAUUCUUGGUGGAGCUAUCGCCCUACGGACGUUGCAAUAACCUGUUGAAGCAGGUGUUUGCAAACCUGCAUCAGAUCACAACCCCUGGAACAAUCACUAAAACAAAGCGACUUGAUUUCCCAAGUGUCGUCAACCACCUCCACCAGUAUGGUAUCUACACCUAUACCGGGUCACUCACAACUCCCCCAUGCAGCAGCAAGGUGUCCUGGUACAUCAGUGCCACGCCCAUCCUCAUUGACGUGGUUACUUUCAAUGCCGUCAAGAAAGUUGUCAAGUACAACGCCCGAUAUACUCAAAACAUACUCGGCGAGGAGAAUCUGAUGGAAAUUGCGGCACAUGAUAUCGGAUGUGGGCUUAAGAUGCGUGCUCAGCCAGGUCCAUAG